GGCCAUUUAGUUACGUUCCGUUAGCGGCCGCUCGCGCCAGGUAACGCGGCCCCGUCUGCGCUGCGGCCGCGUCGCGCUGCCGGGGAGGCCGCCGGCACCAGGGCAGGUGGCUCGGAAGCUGCUCCGCUUAGAGCGAAGCUGAGGUGGCGUCACCUCUUCCAUCUCCAUCCUGUGGCUUCUGCUUCCUCUGGAACCGCAGCCACCUGCCCACUGCUUCCACACGAGUACCGAGGGGAAGCACGUCGAUAUCUCUCCUCUCAGAUAGAGCUCAGUAUCCCAGCCUUAAUCAUCAUAGCUCAGCAGAAACRUAAGAAGGUUUUAUUUCAGCACUGCUGCUCUCUAUCAGGUCUGGAAGAUACAUUGAAUCCAGGCAAAAAGAAGCUUCUUCUAAUGUUUUUUGCAAACCAUGAAACAUUAUGAACAGAUCAUGAACAACAAACAAGUUAUUUUAUGAAGUGUCUGAUCAAAAAUCCAUUCCACUGAGAGGAAAUCAGACUCUGCAUUCCUCAAAGCUGAGCCUCAGCAAAGGUGGCAAUGACACUAGAGGAUUUGAUGAUGAAGACACCAGGGCAGGGCACAUGCUAACCAACAAACAAGCAGCUUUUAGAUAACCACCAACCUGGGCUAGAUCCAGACUUGCUGCACAGAAGAUAUAACUAUUACCUGUUGAUGAAAAACUCUCACCUGCCGGGGGCUUUAACUGAGUGACAGCAUGUACAUAUGCAGAGGGAACACUGCCAGUAUUAACAGCGACAGGGCCCUGGCUUCACAUGACUUGUCUGGGAGGGGACAGCAGCUCUUGCUUGGAAACACCCCUGUCUCAUUUGCCUAAGCCUGCAUAAAGUUUCCACAGAGGUAGUGAAAGUAUAUUCCUCCUUCUGAGACGCUGCAAAAGCAGUAUUCCCAGGAGGGAAUACUAAAGAUGAGAAGAGACUCUGAAUAUUCCACCGUGGCUGAACAGCAGAAGCAGGAGGAAAAGAUCUGGGAUGCCGUGAGGAUCUCCACCUAUGUCCUGGUUGUGGGGCUGCUCACAUUCACUGCUUUAAUGAACUCUGUUUCUUGGUACGUACAGGAGAUAUGGGAGACUUCAGGCCAUUUCUGGCAAGCAAAAUGGCUAAAGCUCUACAACUUUUUUGAGGGAAAGGAGUGGGCAAUCUUCKUAUUCGGUGCUGCRCUGGUUCCCAGUCUUGUUUUCUGGAGUUUCAAUGGAAUCCUUAUGGUGGCUGAUGUAACAGGAAAACCAAAUUUCAUUACUCGGUAUCGCAUCCAGCUGGGCAAGAAUGAUCCUGUGGACACAAAGAAAUUACAGCAAGCGAUAUACACAGCGCUGUGCAAUCAGUUCUUGGUCUCCUUCCCUAUGCUUAUACCCAUGUUCUACCUCAUGAAGUGGUGGGGAAAGACCUUCAGUGCGGAACUACCCACCUUCCACUGGUUCCUUUUGGAGCUCAGCAUCUUCACCUUCAUAGAGGAAAUUCUCUUCUAUUAUUCACACAGGCUUGCUCAUCUGCCCCUCCUGUACAAGCACAUUCACAAGAAGCACCACGAAUGGACAGCCCCCAUUGGUGUCGUCUCCAUUUAUGCUCACCCCGUGGAGCACAUACUCUCCAACACAUUACCUGUCAUGACCGGCCCGAUGAUCAUGGGGUCUCAUAUCGCUUCCAUCGCAGCGUGGUUCUCCCUGGCGCUUUUAACAACGAGCAUUUCGCACUGCGGCUACCACCUGCCGCUGCUGCCGUCGCCCGAAUUCCACGACUUCCACCACCUCAAGUUCAACCAGUGCUACGGAGUCCUGGGACUGCUGGACUAUCUUCAUGGAACGGACACCGUGUUCAGACAGACGAAAGCCUUCGAGAGACACCGAGUCCUGCUCAGCCUCACGCCGCUCUCCGAGAGCAUCCCCGAUUCUCCUAAGAGAGCAGAGUGAGGCCCGCCAGCUUGCAGGCCUUGCACAGCCGUGACCAGGAGAGCCAGACACAAGGAUUUAUGCCAAAUMGUAUUUUAAUUUGGAAGCAGGUUAUUAUUGUUCUUAAUUAACAAAACUCAAAGCUGAACUCAGAAAUGCUCCUCGCAAUUCCUGCACUUGCUGCCUGUGAAUUCCUGUCUAGGGCACAAAAACUUGCAUGAGAAAAGUAUUUUCAAAACUAUAUAAAUAUAUAUAUAUUUAAUUACUUGUACUGUUCCUUGGUUUUUGCUGCCUGCCCCCAACCAGAUGUUUUCUAGGCCACCUGUUUGGUUGUGUUUUGCUGGGCGGUGGUGGGAGGGAAGAAGGGGCCCUAUAAUCCCACGAAGGUCCCAACACGUUUUCACAGGCCAUACUUUUGGACAUAUUGCUACUCUUUCAGCUGAAUAUACAGAAUUAUCAGUAAAAUUACUAGAACCACACUGUGUAGGGAUUCAAAAGCUCUACUUCAGUCAAACACAGCUUUAGCCGAUCUCAGAAAACCUU